AUGUGGCCCUUUUCGUCUUCGUCCUGCGACCAAGAUGCCUGCGUCCCUCCAAGCCCGCACGCCGUGACAGCCGCCGCUCUGCUGUCGGCGCUGCCCUUUGCCGCCGUCUUCGUCGCCGCCAACGCCGUCGCCGUGCGCCUCAUCUUCCCCAAACUGAGCCGCGCCGCGCAAGACGAUGCUCGCGACGGCGACGACGACGUCUUACCUGCUCAUGCCCCGGCGGCGCUGCGGCAGAUCCACGCUGAGCACGGCAGUAAGAGCUGGAGAAGACGAGGCGCGGCGUGGGCUUUUGGAACGACGGUUGGGCUGGCGGCGACGCUGGGCGCGCUCAUCAUGGCUGAGAUUGUUGAGGCGGUUGACCCGGCGGCGCGGAACUUGGCGCUGAGAGUGACGGUGCCGGCGCUGCUGUUUAUGCUGGUGGUGUUGAUUCCGUGGCUCGAGUGUCGUAGUCUCGUGUCUAGCGCGGGCUGGAGCUUUCAGAGGACGGCCAAGGGGAAGCUUCCGCGCGUGGCAUUGGGAUUGCAGGCUGUACUGUUUGGCGGCUGGCUGUUCAUCUUUUGGUCCAUGGGCAGCGUCGUGCCGCGGGCAGAGAUAUUGCUGCGGGCGUGUCUGGAGCGUAUUGGCGUCGUGGGUAUCUCACUCAUGGCACUGCUGUCGGGCUUUGCGUCUGUAUCGGCGCCCUGGCACACUUUUGGUCGCAGCGAUACUAGGCGGAGGCCGUUGACUGAGGCGGAUGUCAAUCGCAAGCAGACCGGGCUGGACGCAACUAGCGAGAUGUUGGCGACGAAACGACAUCGCCUGCAGUAUCUGGAACGCAAGAUUAGCCAAGAAGCGAGCAAAAGGGGCAAGACUGGACUGGUCGGGAUGGUCAUGGGGUCGAUCCGUGGGGCAACAGGCGAAGAGGCCGAGAUACAAACGCUCAAGAUGGAGAUUGUCGGGCUCGAGGCCAUGGAAGCCAACCUAUCUUCCAACUUGGUGCUGAUGAAGAACCAGCGCGCCGCCUCGGCCCGCGCUUCCACAACUAUGGGCCGCAUCCUGCUCGUGCCAUCAUACAUCUUCAGCGCCUAUUGCGUGUACCGCAUCCUGGCGACAUCAUUGACGACUCUCCGGAGAGCUUCUUCGCCGUCGGCUAGUUUCGCCAGCAGCGACCCCAUCAACCGCUUCUUGGGACUGCUAGCCAGACACUGGGACCCGAAACUCGAUCAGAUGGCGUGGGCGCGCAUCAUCAGCUUCGCCCUCAGCGGUGUCAUCCUUGUGGCCAGCGCAAACAGCGCCAUCCAGACAUUCCAUCUCUUCGCCAAAUGGACUCCCGGACUACUGCGGCACGCCCAGGCGAAUCUUGCCCUAGCAGUGGGACAAGUAGCAGCGACGUAUGUCAUCUCGGCGAGUUUGCUUCUACGCAGCCAGCUCCCCAGCGAGGCGAGAUCUGCCGUCGGAGGGGUUCUGAGGGGUGCACUGACGCCGGCGUUUGUGGACGGCUGGUUUGAGGGCUGGUUCCUCUUGGGCAGCGUGGUGACGGGCGUGGGGAUCUUUGUGGGCGGGAAGAUUAGUGCGAUUGGGGAGGCUGAUUGGGAUGAUUAUGGGAUGGAGGAGAUGGGGGCUAAGAGGUCGUGA